AUGCGGUUCUGGCUGCUCGACACGAUCGAAGAGUUCGUCGCCGACGAGCGCCUAGUGGGCUCGAAGCAGGUGAGCUAUUCCGAGGAAUACCUCCAGGACCACUUCCCCGAGUUCCCGGUGCUGCCCGGCGUGUUCAUGCUCGAAGCGGCGACCCAGGCCUCGGCCUGGCUGCUGCGGCUCAGCGAGGACUACGCCCACAGCGUUAUCGAACUGAAAGAAGCCAAGAACAUCAAGUACGCCGACUUCGUUCGGCCCGGGUCGCGGCUUACCGUCACGACCGAGCUGAUGAAGAAAGACGACCGCGAGGCGACCUUCAAGGUCAGCGGCAUGGUCGGCGAUAGCACGAGCCUCAGCGGCCGGUUGGUGCUCGAAAGAUUCAACCUCGGCGACACGGAUCCCAGCAUGGCGGAAGUUGACGCUCACGUCGUCCGUUACAUGCGGUCGAUUGAGCAGGUGAUGACAAAGCUAGCGGCGCCAUCGCGGCAAGCAGACACCCGACGCGAUCGCCAUCGACUACCUCAGUUCAUUUUCGAGAAGACGAGUAACGGUAUGCCCAGCAAAGAAGAGAUCUUCGCCAAGGUCCAGGAAGCCCUCGUGGACGCCCUCGGCGUGGAAGAGGACGAAGUGACGCCCGAGGCGACCCUGCAGGGCGACCUCGACGCGGAGAGCAUCGACUUCCUCGACAUCGUCUUCCGCCUCGAGAAGGCGUUCAACAUCAAGAUCGAGCGUGGCGAGCUGUUCCCCGAGGACAUCCUCACCGACGCGGCCUACGUCGCCGACGGCAAGGUGAACGCCGACGGCAUCGCCAAGCUCAAAGAACGCAUGCCCUUCGCCAACCUCACGGCGUUCGAGGCGGACCCACAGGUCCAAAAACUCGGCAAGCAACUCACCGUCCAAGACAUGUGCGGCUUCGUCGAAUACAAGCUGGCGAAAUGGUUCUGGGUCGACCGCUUUUCCGAGUACGUCGCGGGCUCGCACGCGCGCGGGCUGAAGGGCGUCUCGCUCUCGGACGAGUUCAUCCACGGCCACUGGGACAUCUACCCGACGCUCCCCAACUCGCUCAUCGCCGAGGGCAUGGCCCAGACGGCCGGCUUGUUGGUGAGCGAGAUGUACGACUUCAAAGAGCUGGUGGUCCUGGCGAAGUUCACCAAGCUGUCCUUCAACACGCUGGUGCGGCCGAGCGAAUCGCUCGAGUACCACGCCACGAUCGGCCGCGCCCUCGACGCCGGCGCCCAGUGCAUGGUGACCGCCACCGCCCGCGGCAUCGAGGGCGAGCGCCAGCAGGCCGAGGCCGAAAUCUUCUUCGCCCGGCUGUCCACUAGCGAGGCCGACUCCGAAGCCGCCCAGAAGGGCCUCCCGCCCCGCCUGUUCGACCCCGCCGACCUCGCCCGCUGGCUCUACGUCACCGGCGUCUUCCAAGUCGGCGUCCACGAAGACGGCAGCCGGAUGAAGCCGCAAGACUACGAUUUCCCCUCCCACCUCAUGCGUCGCGUCGUCAUCACCGGCAUGGGCUGCGUCACGCCCCUGGGUCACACCGUCGAUGAGCUGUGGGGCAACCUGCUGGCGUGCAAGAGCGCCGUGGGGCCGACCACGCUGUUCGACGCCAGCUCGUUCCCCACCAAGAUCGCCGCCGAGGUGAAGGACUGGUCGGUCGCCGACGUCGGCCUCGACGCCAAGGAGUGGGAGCGCCGCGGCCGCCACACCCGUUUCGCCGCCGGCGCCGCCAAGCAGGCGAUGGACCAGUCGGGCGUCGCCGGUUCGGUCGAGCCUGCGCGGAUGGGCGUCUACCUCGGCGCCGGCGAAGGCCAACAAGACUUCGAGUCGUUCGCGCGGAUGAUGACCGCCGCCAUGCAAGGCGGCCAGCUCGACAUCGCCCGCUUCGUCCAGGAGGGGAUCAAGUCGCUCGACCCGCAAUUGGAAUUGGAGCAAGAGCCCAACAUGCCCGCCGGCUACCUGGCGGCGAUGUUCGACGCUCAGGGCCCCAACAGCAACUGUCUCACCGCCUGCGCCGCGAGCAGCCAGGCGAUCGGCGAGGCGACCGAGAUCAUCCGCCGCGGCGACGCCGACGUGAUGCUCUCCGGCGGCUGCCACAGCAUGAUCCACCCGUUCGGCGUGACGGGCUUCAACCUGCUCACCGCCCUCAGCGAACGCAACGCCGAGCCGCACCGCGCGAGCCGGCCGUUCGACCGCGACCGUGACGGCUUCGUGCUCGGCGAGGGCUCGGCGAUGGUCGUCCUCGAAGAGUACGAGCACGCCAAGAAGCGCGGCGCGACGAUCUACGGCGAACUGCUCGGCUACGGCGCCACCGCCGACGCCUUCCGCAUCACCGACACGCACCCCGAGGGGCGCGGCGCGACGACGUGCCUCAACAUCGCCCUCGCCGACGCCAAGCGCAACCCCACCGACAUCGACUACGUCAACGCCCACGGCACAAGCACUUCGGUGAACGACCGCGUCGAGACGCUCGCCCUCAAGCAAGCGAUGGGAGACGUGGCGUACCAGACGCCCGUCAGCAGCACCAAGAGCAUGAUGGGCCACCUGAUCGCCGCCGCCGGCGCGACGGAGUUGAUCAUCUGCCUCAAGACGCUCGCCGACGGCGUGAUGCCGCCGACGAUCAACUACGAGACGCCCGACCCCGACUGCGACCUCGACUACAUCCCGAACACGCCGCGCGAAAAGAAGUGCCGCACGGUGUUGUCAAACAGCUUCGGUUUCGGCGGUCAGAACGUGACGCUGAUCGCCGGCGCGGUGUAG